AUGAUCACUGAGCACCUCUUGUCCAGCGACACCAUGAAAGAAGCAGAGAAGAGAGUUGAAAGAUGCAAUAAAAUCAAGAUAAAAAUCCAGGAACUGUUUGAUCAGUUAAGGAACGAGAGGCGGCGGGAAAGAUACUUUGCAGAUCGUGAUGACCUGGAUCGAGACGUCCUGCAUGAAAUCCUAAGAGCCCUGGCCAGGUUGAGAGGACUGCAGUUUCGUAUCAAUAAGAAGUCCUUCAAAGAGCAGAUGAAAACACUUGGUGGUAUUUUAUCAGCUGUAGGCCUGAAGGCUGAUGGAAGACUUCUGGGACGUGUGCUGGCCACUGGAGCCAGACUACUGGUUAAAAAAGUCUUUAAAAGUGGAAUGAGAAGAGUUCUCAAAGGAGGCAUUAUGGUAAGAUUCUUACACAAAUAUUUUAAUUUUUGUUAUUACACAUUAAAAUGACAUACACUUAAAUUGUUUAAGUCAUAAUUAAUAAACAUAUUUGCUUUAUUAUGGCUACGGGCAAACACACCGAGGCCCUGGUCCCACACAACAGUAUAGGGGCCAGUGCCUUGGGCUGAGUAGCGAAUGGGACGAGUAGCAAAUCAGACAAAUUUCGAAUUGCUACUAGUCCUACAGCUUAAAAAGUUGUUGGAAAAAUUAUAUAUCAAAAUGUGAUAGUUGCAUUGAGAUUGGUGUGAUAUUACUUUUGAUAUUAUAAUGCUAGUCGUAUUGAUUAUUUGAAAUCUGAAGGAUCUCAUGAUAUGUACACACCCCAGCAGUAGCCCCCGUGGCCCUUUCCAAAUAUCCCAGAGGGAAUUUUCUAGUUUUAGAUGAUAUUUCAAAACAAAAAAUGUGUUUAUCACCAGGUUGUCGGAGGGGGUGUUGUAUUUGCAUUUGAACUCUCUGAGGCGACUGAUAAAUGGAAAGACAUGAUCCAGAACAAUCAUGAGACGGAAGCCAGCCAAUCACUGAAAGACACAGCCGCAGAUCUUCUGCAGAGUACCGAGGCACUGAAAGAGGACCUGGACAACAUCAAGUAAGAAGUUUUCUGAUAUAGCUCUCACCAUCAAGAGAAGCAUCUGUUUCAACAGAGUAUCUGCACUCUUUUGUUGCUGUUUCAUCACCACAGAUUGUAUAAAACAGGGACAUAGCCUUGGUCACUCAUUUGUUUUCAAAGCAGCAUUUUAAAACCUAUUCCCUUGGCCUAUUAGAAAUGCUGAUUCAAGACCCAGACCUAGCAAAGAUGGGCCUUAAGCCUCCCUGCAAACAGAUACCAAUAGAUAGUCACUUUACAGUCCAAAAUGGCUCCAGAAAAGAAGUUAAUUUGCUUUUUUGUUUUUUUGUUUUUUUCCUGUCUCUUUCAGUCGACUUUUCACAAGAAGAGCAAGAUAA